AUGAGACCACAAGUUUCAGAAAAGCUGAAUGAAUUUCCGGGUGAACACGAAGCGCAGGAAUAAUUCUCCCACAUCUGGUAUUUGCUUCCACCUGAGAAUAUUAUUGGUGUAGAAGGAUGGCGCCUCGUAAGAAGCAGCGUUUAAUAUUUCUUCUGCGCAAGAAAAUGAAAAAGAAGGGAGUAAGCCUAAGCCAUCAGACUCAGAGAAUUACAACUACGUCGCCCCCGCGGCUGCCACAUCAUCUACAUUGGAAGACCCCCUCGCUCUGCAGAGAGGCCGCUACUGCUCUGCCCACAAUCUCAAUCUGCAGGCGGACCACGACUGGGCUCCGAGGUGGACGAGAAUUUUGCUCUCCGUCGAGGUCAGGCGAGACGAAUUGGAAGGCUGCAGCAGAUAAGUGUUGGGCGCUCGCUAAACAAAUAUCAACCUUGCAAGAUAAAGAAGUAGCCACUCAGCACCGUGAGGCGAACAAAGAGCGUCAAUCUGCGGAGGCGUAUGUCGGUGAGAUUGCCGAGAUAAUACAGCAACUAGCAGUAGAAGUACCAUGCUAUCGAUACGCUCGUGUUCGUCCACCUGGACGCGGCCCGACCGCCAGACAUGGACAUCAAAUAGCG